AUGUCGAGCUAUAGCCCCCCCAAGAGGCCGCGACUUUCUCUCCAGAUCAAGGCUCUAUCUACCGGCCCAAGCAUUCGGACCUCACGAACACUUGCGGCCGUUGUCAAUCCACGGUCGCCGACAUCUUUCAACACACUAUCCAAUGUGUACUCCACGGCCAUCGAUCGAUCAGCAUCGACACCGGCACCAGUCACGGCGGAGCCCGUCACGGCCAUCAACAUGACCGCUAAGAGUCUGCCUCAACUGCCGCGUUUGCAAAUGCCUGGCCAAAGUGGACUGGACCACAGUGCGCACACGCCUUAUGUGACAACUCAGUUUCCAGAGACGCCCCUGACCGCACGGCCAAUGUCUCCUGCAGUGGCGAAGGAUGUUGCCUUUCCAAGUACAAUGAUGACGGCUACGCCGCCUCUCUCUGCCGGGCCUAUUGACCAGACAAGUGCCCAGCCGCAAGUGUUCUGCUUUUCACCAGACGACGUACGGCGGCAUAGUCAAAGUGACGGAAACACAGGCAAUGCAAGCUUCCUUAUCAGAUCUGAAGAGGGCUGCCCGGUGGAUGGAGAUGCCGACACGGCGAUCACAGAUAGUUGCAGCGAGAGCAGCUUUACCGGUUCCGAGACAGGAGUUGAUACUCCAUUUCCUUCUAACCUGCAUUCGUCACCGCCCCACUCACAAUCUACAACGGGAGCGGCCGCCACGGCAAACGGUCGGGUCAUAGUGCCAGCUAUUUCGAUGCCCAGACGCCCGGCACCAUAUGUGCACCCGCGAACGCUUCACAGCAUCCUGCGGAACUCGCCGUUGCCACCUUUUACGGCCUUGUCACCCACAUCUGCCCGCCGGCAGUCGCAGCGGCUUAUCGAGAAGGCUUCUCGGCGCGUCAUGUAUAAUUCGCCCCUCACACAGACCAUCACGACCAACUUAUACACGAAAUCGCACAUUGACCUGCUGUGUGAAGAAGCCUCGCCGUUUUCCUCGCCGUUUUCCUCGCCAAUGACAUCCACGCCUGCAGGGAACGACGCCGACACCGUGCUGGAUUUAACUCUGGCCUACACUGGCAACGAGAUCCGUGAUGGUGGCACGACGCCAGGGCCGUUUGAAGAAAUGCGUCGGCGCAUGGCGGGUCUUGGCACGAGCAGUGCAAGCACGAGCACGGCAACAACACCCAUAUCGCCAGGCGGCAUCCGCAAACGGAAACAACCACGGAGGGACAAGAAACGCCGUUGGGUUUGGACCCUGGGCCACGACGAGGAGGAAGAGGCAACGCUGAGCGGUGCUAUGAUAGCACUCAAAGCUGCUCAGAUGGCCGAAGCAGCCGCCUUAUCUACGGCAACACCAACGACGUCGCAAGCUGACGCGCUGGCAACACCAUCGGAAGCCGACGCCGAUGCGGAUUUGAAGACACCGUUGGCACUACAGACGACCGCUUUUGCACACAGCCUUAACCCUGUAUCGGUCGUUGCCAAUGCUUCCAAUGAGGAUGUCGACAUGCAAGACUCAGACGCCUCCGCAGCGGAGCCGAGUACAAUGCCUGUCACAGGCGAUGCGGCCUCCGCAGCUGCGGAAGCGGACAAGGUGGUUGUGCCCUCUGGGCCGUCUAAACCCAAAGAUGCACGCAAACGAAAGAGCACACCUACCCCGUAUGCCACGGACAGCGAGGGCGAGUCCGGCUGCGACGGCGACGGCGACGAUUUCGGCCUUGAUGGCAGCACGUUUGACGACAUCGACCAUAACCAAGCCCACGCUGCUGAUACCGACAUGGACAUGCAGACGCCCACCACCAUACUUGGCAACCAAUUGCAAGGUGCUUGGUUUCGGGCAGCAGCCGCCACAGCUGGGCGCGUAAGAACGGCACCAUGGGAUUUGUCGGGAUAA